GGUUGGUCUAUAGUCUGUGGUUUUGUGAAUUUUUGUGGAGCACGGUCGUAAAAUUGAAUUUUAAUAUAAUAGUCAAAAUUAAACAUUGAAUGAAUUAAAGUGCUGGUUGUUCGCCAUGUCUUGGUUAUUCGGGUAUAGUCGCCCCCAACAGCCACCUCCGGAGGAUUCCCCUGCGGGCGGCGCUGGUUCAGCCGCUCCUCCGGUUAACCUAACCAGUGCCGAAAAGAAAGCCAUGGAAGCCUAUAGAUUUGACUCUAGCGCUUUGGAAAGAGCUGCACAAGCCGCUCGAGAGCUGGAGAAAUCGAAACAUGCAAAAGAUGCGCUGGAGCUCAGUAAGCUGCAAGAGAGUACACGCCAGCACGAGCAAAUGGCCAAGAUCAAGGAAUAUGAAGCUGCCAUUGAACAGUCUAAAGUGGAACAGAGAAGAGUUGACUAUGAAGAGAGACGUAAAACACUUCAGGAAGAAACAAAGCAGCACCAAAUGAGAGCGCAAUAUCAAGAUCAGUUGGCCAAGACUCGCUAUGAAGAACAGUUACUUCAGCAUCAAAAGUCACAAGAGGAAAUAUUGAGAAAGCAAGAAGAAAGUGUAGCCAAACAAGAGGCGCUCCGCCGUGCGACCAUUGAACAUGAAAUGGAAUUGCGCGAAAAGAAUAAGCUAAAAGCCAUCGAGGCGGAGGCUAGAGCUCGAGCCAAGGCGGAUCGAGAGAACCGCGAUAUCACAUUGGAGCAGAUACGGCUGAAAGCUGCCGAAAACAGGACUACUAUAUUAGAGAGCAUACAGACAGCAGGAAAUGUGAUAGGCACAGGCCUGAAUGCUCUAGUGACUGACUGGGAUAAGACAUUGGCUGCUGUGGGAGGCUUGUCCUUGCUUGCUCUUGGUGUCUACACAGCUAAAGGAGCUACGUCUGUGACUGCUCGAUUCAUUGAAGCUAGGAUUGGAAAGCCUGAGUUAGUCAACGAAACUUCAAGAUUUUCCUUGCUAGAAGCCCUGAAGCAUCCUAUUCUAACAAUGUCGAAAGCGGUGGCGAAUUUUAGGAAACCCUCGGAUGCUCUCGCCGGCGUCGUUUUGGCACCAAAUCUUGAAAAACGUUUGCGAGAUAUCGCAAUCGCCACAAAGAAUACUAAAACAAAUAAGGGCUUCUAUAGAAACUUGCUCAUGUAUGGACCACCUGGUACUGGAAAAACUUUAUUCUCAAAGAAAUUAGCUAAGCAUUCGGGCAUGGAAUACGCAAUAAUGACGGGCGGUGACGUGGCUCCGAUGGGAAAGCACGCAGUGGCCUCCAUACACAAGAUGUUCGACUGGGCCAAUACUAGCAGGAAAGGUGUACUCCUGUUCAUUGAUGAAGCGGACGCGUUCCUUCGCAAGCGUUCGUCUGCCGCUAUAAGUGAGGAUCUGAGAGCGGCUCUAAACGCGUUUCUGUACCGUACAUCGGACCAAAGCAGUCGUAUCAUGCUGGUCUUAGCGUCCAACACUCCACAACAAUUCGACUCGGCGAUUAACGACCGUCUCGAUAAGAUGAUCGAGUUUGGACUACCGGGCCUGGAAGAGAGGGAACGACUGAUCAGAUUGUACUUUGACAAGUUUGUGCUUCAACCGGCUUCGGAGGGCAAAAGACGCUUGAACGUGGAGCAGUUUGACUACGGGGCGCUGUGUUCGAAGCUGGCGGAAAGGACGGCCGGCAUGUCUGGUCGGGCCUUGUCUAAGCUGGGCGUCGCUUGGCAAGCGGCCGCUUACGCGUCUGACGAUGGCAGGCUCACUGAGCAAAUGUGCAUCGAGAUAUGUGACGAUGCAGUGCAAGAUCAUCGACAGAAGAUGGAAUGGUUAUCCGCUGAAGAAAAGACCCGAAGUAUGAUGCCAUAUCUCCUAGACCUACCCCCGCUAGAUAGAGUCGAAGAUAAUGCACAGAAGGCGUCCAUCAGUGAAAUUACUGAAACCAAAGAGGAACCUCAGAACAAGCAAUCUACGAAAAAAGCCAAAGAAACUGAUUUGGAGAAGUGACAUAUCCAUACAAAAAACAAUAUAUUGCACACAAACAAAAGUGGUGACUGUGAUAGUAAACAGUGCAUAUAUGACUUUACUGUUACUAAAACUCAAACGUACGUUAUGUUAUCUAACAGUGACAUGCAAAUAUUGCGUCAUUUGUCUGCGAGGUUAAAAAAAUAACCUCUUUUCCAAUUUUAUUUUACUGUGGUGUGAGAAUAUUAUUAUUAUCUUCAUGUUUAAAAAUGAUUAAUGAUUGAUUGAUACUAUUAUUUUUCUCCAAUAAUUUUGACAUUGUUUUAUUUCUGUGUUGAUAUAUUAUUACAUUUAUUAUUUCUGAUAAGUUGGUUUUAUACGAGUUAAUUUUAUAAUAUUAUUAUUUUCAUUAAUGAUUGACUGAAACAAUUUUUAAUUUCUCAAAUAAUUUUGACACUUUUUAUUUCUGCAUUUAUACUUUUAAAGGAUGUUGUGUGAGAAUAUUAAUUAUUAUCUUCAUGUACAAUGACUGUUUGAAACAGUUUUUGUUCUCAAAUUAUUUAGUCAUGUUUUUAUUUCUGCCUUUAUAAAUAAUAAUUACAUUAAUUAGGGAUUAAAAAGUUCAAGACCAUUAAUAAUAUUGAUGUCAAUACCAAGCUACUAAUUUUUGUGAUCGUAAUAAUUUUAUAAUCUUUUAGCUACCGGUACAUAGACUAAGGUAAAAUAAAUCUUUCAUAAUAAUACUAAUUGUUUGUUUGAAAUCUUUGAAAGUUUAAAAGAUAAUUUCUUUUUAUCCUGAUUUGUUGCAUUUAUCUUAAAACUAGCUAUUGCUCGGCAUGCGUUGCAAAUCGUCGCUAAGUUCUAACACCACAGACAUUUCUGGCGGUUUCAACAUUUCGACGUCCAACAGAAACUCUUACAACCCAAACCUCUGGAAACAGCAAGUUUUUUCACUCUCCUGUGAAGUUGCUCAUUUUGUCUAGAACUUAAGCGACGAAAUGCUACUCGCGCACUACCUAUUGUACGUCGAUGAUACUUUGUCAGAAACUUUGCCGCAGACAAACAGACGGACGGACAAUGGAGGCUUAUACUCUAUCCGCGCUCCCGUUACAAAAACCCAUACAAAUGAUAGACAAAAAUAUCGGUGGGCGCAACCAGUUCAAGUGCAACAAACGAAACUAGUUUUGUAAUUGAAUUUCGAAUGAUUUUUGAAAACAUGUUUGUGAUUGGUUGGUGGCUCAAAAUGAUUAAGCACUCUAAGAUAUUUGUCUCUAUCAUUUGUAUGGGAUUACGUAAUAAAGAGCGCUAUAAUAACUUCUUGCCGCGGAUAGAGUAUAGUAAUGGGUUCUGUUGGCAGCCUUUCAGGAAUGGAAGUUAUGGAACCCUAAAAAAGUCGCCACAAACAUAUUGUUUAUACAAUCGAAUUGAAACUUUUUAGUUGUUGUUGACACUUGCCUGAAAGUUUCUAUCACAGCAACGUAUAAUAUGUAAAUCCCAAUGCAACGCAUGCCAAUCAUUAGAUGGUCCUUCAUACAAAUAAGUGGAAAUGUAUAAACGAAUCUGGCUCAGAUAUAUGGAUGUUGUUUAAAAUACCUACUUUGUUAUUUAAAGUAUAUCACGCGACAGGUCGAGAUCCCGGUCGAGUCGGGUACGAGGAGAUGAUCACCCCGAUUGCCAUCUCGACCUGUCGCGUGCUAUAGGUAUUGGGUUGUUGUCUUAUCAAGUAGAGUAUGUUAAAUAGACUUAGAAAUUUC